GACCGCUGAGAUAGGAAGUUGAAAACAUUCUUCCCUCUGGAUGCGUUAAUUUAUGCAUUCAAUUCCAUGUGCGUGUGUUGAUUGCCUUCAUAGCCGCUUCAUCUUAUUGCUCAUAACUGAAAAAUCGUCAAGUGGACCAAUAGAUUCACGGGCCGUCUACCUGCAAUCUAGCCAUGACGUCUAAAACUGCCAACGAAAAAGCCCCGAGAGAUGAAGACGACAUCGAUGUUGAUGAUCUUCUUAAUCAACUGUCGGCCGAGGAGUUGGAAAUGCUAUCCAAAGAAGUAGACCCUGAUGACCAAUUCAUACCACCUGAUCAGCGAAGCAAUUAUCACUGCGAUCGGAAGGCCACUGGCAAAAUGGACAAAAAGCAUCUCAACGAUCACAUUAGCAAGAUGGCACUGGAAGUACCCGAUCAGCCUGAGAAUGUGCCAUUCACCACUAAAAAGUAAGACGCAAGUCUACACUUCAGACCAUGGCAUAAGAAAAGCCAUUCGAAGGAGAAGAUGACGUCCUUUGACGCGAUCCAGCCGUUAAUAAAACAAAUGAAAGACAUUCAACAUUACAAUUUCAGUUAGUUAUCUAAUUUAGUGCAAUAAUACAACCUUUUUUUCGAUAUAUACAAUGGUCAGCUAUCAUGUUUCCCAUCCGCAAUUACAUUUCAUCUUACGCACUGAAAAGAGAAAUACUUUGCAUAAUUCAAUUGAGCCAUACUAGCUGCAAUAUAACUCAUUAUUACACGAUUGAUAAAUUA